AUGAACCCGCACAUCUCCGUCCCUCGUCAACAUGCUGGUCCUGCCAACUUUGGCUCCACGCCCAGUCGUGGGUCCAGUGUACGCAUGCCACGCUUCUUCAAGAGGCUCUUCAAGUUUCCUCAGAUGGACUUUGAAAUGGCAAUUUGGGAGAUGACUUCCUUGUUGAUUGCACCCAAGAAGGUCUUCAAGUCCAUAUACUACCAUAAACAAACCAAAAACACAUGGCAUCGCCCCGAUCCCUCCUUCACCUAUCUUCUCUCGUUCUUUCUACUCCUCACAGCUCUCGCUUGGGGCCUCGCAUAUACCCCUUCCUUCGGUGCCAUUGUACGCCUGUCAUUUCUAUUCAUCUUCGUACAUUUCAUCGGGUCCUCGCUGCUCGUCUCGACAAUCGGCUACUUCAUCAUCGGUCGCCUCUUCGGUCCCAAUGGCGCGGCUGCCUCCUUGACGGGUCUUCGUAGCUCGCGGAGUCGCCGGCGGGGCGCCGCCCAGGGUCUCUUUGUGCAACCUGGCGAAAAGGACCAGUUGGAGUUUGGGUACUGCUUCGAUGUCUCCAAUCGCGCUUUUUUUCCGCUGUAUCUCCACCUCUACGUGGUCCAGUUCUUGCUUCUUCCUCUUCUCACUCGUAGCCCAAGCAAUUUCCUGGCGACCUUCUUUGGAAACUCCCUCUAUCUUUCCGCCUUGGUGUACUACACCUACAUCACUUUCCUCGGCUAUAACGCUCUGCCCUUUCUGCACAAUACAGAGCUUCUACUCAUCCCCAUUCUCGCCUUUGCUGUUCUCUGGCUGGUCAGUCUCGUUGCUGGCUGGGGCGUUAUCAUGCAAGGCCGCAGCGUUGAAGGCCUUUUCUGGGGGGUAUGA